AUGUUCGCCUCCAUCAAAGUCAACGUUAUCAAUAACGAUCACAGCAACAACUUCGAAAUCGUCGAACAGGCCUGCUCCCCUCAGGGCAAUGGCUCUCAGUGGAAUAACAAGGGAGGCAAGUUGACACUCUCGAUGGGUGACAACCAAGGUUCCGGCAUGCUUCGCUUCAAGACCGAGCAGAACAAGGAGGCCUUUUUCAUCGCCAUGGGCGUUGAAGCGCCUAGACCCUGGGUCGACAUUGUUACGGGACUGGGUGACGAUUACACCUGCGUGCAGGCUCUGCCUGAUUACUAUGAUUACAAAUCUGAGCGUAGCAGGAUGCGGGGCGACCGUCAGGUCCACCAGAUUGAGAACAUUGAUCGUCGACUGAUCAGGGCCGAGUUCAAAUAUUCGGAGGGCCCUAACUAUGAGCUGGACAUUAUCAUUAAUGAAAAGGGAAGUUUUGUAUACUCUGAGGACUGA